ACAGCCAAUAGCCGAAGGUUCCAUGCAUUCGGUACUCUCUCCAGAUUUCUUGGGAUUUGCAAUCAGAGCUUUCAACUUCAGACGCUGUUUGGACUUCAGCUGAGUAACACUGUCGGUUGCUAAUCCAGUGUCCCUGAUUGAAAAUGCGUCCGAGGUUUUCCAUUCCACUCAUGGUGCGCACAGCUUUCGCUGAGUUCGUCGGAACAUACGUUUUGGUUGUUAUUGGCAACGGAAGUGUAGCGCAAGCCCAAUUGACUCACGGCCAGAAAGGUGACUAUUUCGCGAUCAAUUGGGGUUGGGCUCUCGGCUGUGUUCUCGGCGUUUUAAUUUCGGCCAAUGUAUCAGGUGGCCACUUAAAUCCUGCAGUUACACUGGCCCUGGCCAUUACUCGUAGAUUCGAAUGGAAAAAACUACCCGUUUACUGGCUCGCGCAAUAUCUAGGAGCUCUGACUGCGUCUGGAACGGUUUUAGGGGUUUAUUACGAGGCAAUCAUGCAAGGGAAAGUGAAUGGCGAAUUCCGCAUUCAUAAAGACUCGUCUGACCCAGGAUCGGCUUCAAUUUUUGCAAAUUAUCCGGCUCCUUACUCGUCGGCUGGUCUCUGUUUGGUCGAAGAGAUAUUAGCUACCAUGAUUUUCAUGCUGGUCAUUUGCGUAACAACGGAUAAAAGAUAUACGAAAAUACCUGCCUUCUUGCAGCCCCUAUUUAUUGGUUUCGCGUUACUGGCUAUUGGAAUUUCAUAUGGAGCAAACAGCGGCUACGCUUUGAAUCCGGCUCGAGAUCUGGGUCCUCGCAUAACAUCGUACUUAGGUGGAUGGGGAACGGGAGUUUUCAGCUUCAGGGACUACAACUGGUUUUGGAUCUUUAUCGUGGGGCCACACAUCGGUGCCAUUUUGGGAGUUUGCAUCUUUCAACUUCUCUUGAAGCUCCAUCAAUCCAAUGCUCUAGAUCUUACAAAGGUUGAGCAUGAUCAGCAAAUUCAACGUAAGGAACAGGAGCAGCAUGACAUUGAACUGAAUAACAUCAAGGCGAUUCAUGAUGACCAUCAUGCCCACGCGGUAGUCGAAUUACCAAGGAUAGGCCUACGCUGGUAAACCGCACGCUAAAACGUCGAGAAAACCAACAAUUCUACUAUUGUAAAUCGAAGAUUAAGCUAAAAAUUAGUUCGUAUCCUAAAUGUAAAGUUAAAAUCAGAUAUAAAAGUUUCCUAAACAUUGGUAAAAGAUUAAGACAAACUAAAUAAUCGUCUUGUUAACCUAUUAACCAUACAUUAAAAAAAAAACAAAAAACGUGAAGAUGACAUUGAGCAGACUUUCAAGGUGAUCGGGAAAUACACCCUUGUUUUGCCAUAUAA